AUGCAAAACAUUAGUUGUCCAUCCAUUCCACUCCAACAAACCAUUAUUGGACAUGCCAACUCCGAAGACCAAAACCCGUAUAAAUACGCAACCGUUGUUUGCCAUGACGAAAAGGGUCUUGUCUUCUCAAUACAAGAUCCAAUUUAUGGACAUUUUGGAUUUCUUUCUCAUCCACAACAAUCAAAUCCUCUUCAAUCCCAAUUGCAUAUUCAAUUUUCUCAAUUACUCUUUCGUUUACUAUUUACAUGCAAAGCCAUUUCUAGACUUGCCAAAAUCCAUCAAGCAGGUGCUGCCUGGUUGUGGAAUGUUUCGAGUUGGAAUGUCACUCGUCUUCAACAUUCGAUUGGAGUCAUGCUUUUAAUUAGAAAAUUGAAACCACUCGAUUUGGAGCAACAAUUAGCAGGUUUAUUACACGAUAUAUCACACACAGCCUUCAGUCAUGUCAUUGAUUACAUGUUGUUGAAUGACAAAGAUGAUUUUCAUGAAGGAAUCAUUCAUGAAAUUGUCAAUGCUCCAAAUAGUAAAUUUUAUGUCAGUGAAAUCUCUAAAGAUGAUGCAUCAUUCCACAUUGACUCCAUAUUGUUGAAAAUGAUGAAUCCCGAAGAGUCCUUGAUGGACAUUUUGAGAGAAUUCAAAAUGGAACAUGUGAUGGAAAAGUUAAUGGAUACAAAAACGAAUCAUUACACAUUAUUGGAAAUGGAAUUUCCACAAUUGUGUGCAGAUCGAAUUGAUUACACAUUGAGGGAUCAAUUUUGUUAUCACUUUCAUGAAAAUGUGGUAAAGAAUGACGAAGAAUUUUUUAAAAUUAUUGAAGCAUUGAAAGUUGUUUCAUUCACUUGUUCAAAAUUCAAGAUUCUGAAUGAAUGUACUGAUCACCAGCAAACCAUUCCUAUUAUUACUUUCGAUGAUUCUCAUAUUCAACAAGCUGAAUAUUUUAUGGAGCUUUACAAACAAGAAGUGGUGGAUUUCUUUCUUGGUUUGGAUAAUUUAUUUUCAAAUGAUGCAUUGGCACAUUUACUAAGGUUAUGCGUGCAAGAGAAAAUAAUAUCUGUGGAAGAUAUGAAAUGGGGAGAUGACGAGAGGAUUUUGUCUCUUGUUCAACAUGCCGUCACACAAUUUGAUGAAAAUUCACCUCUUGCAUCACAAAAUGUGAUGAACACGAUUAGAGAAUUGUUUAAAAUGUUUGAAAAAAGAAAAGCACACGUGUUGUCAAAGAAGAAAGAUGACAUUUCAAAUUAUGUGCGAGUACUGUCAGAUGAUGCAACAGAUGUUGCUGACUACUCACCCACUCGAAAAAAAAAGAUAUUUGGAUUUCACAAUUUUGAAUAA